AUGAAGAGGGUUUGGGGGUUCGGGAGGGAGAAGGGCGUGUCGCUCUUGGGCUUCGCUUCUGGCUUGCCGAGGCAGGGCAGGGGCGUUGGGCAGAAGAAUAAUAGAAUUGACAACUUGCUGCUGGGUUACCACAUCCGAGACAGAGAUCUCAGAAAGAUCCACAAGGCUGCCUGCGUGGGCAACGUAGUGCAAGUGCACCAGAUUCUGUUCUUGGGGGAAAAUGGCGUGGAUGAUAGAGACAAGAUGAACAGGACUGCUCUCCAUUUGGCCUGUGCCAAUGGCCAUCCAGAAGUGGUGACCCUCCUAGUAGAGAGGAAAUGCCAUCUUAACCUCUGUGAUCAUGAAAACAGGACAGCUCUCAUGAAGGCCGUACAGUGCCAGGAAGAGAAAUGUGUAAACCUACUAUUGGAAAAUGGUGCCGAUCCAAAUAUUAGGGAUGUGAGUGGCAACACUGCUCUCCACUAUGCGGCCUUUGGUGAUAAUAUAUCCAUAAUAGAGACGCUGCUGCUAUACAAUGCGAAUACUGAAGCAAGAAAUAAGACAGAGAGAAUGACUGCUCUCCAUUUGGCCUGUGCCAAUGGCCAUCCAGAAGUGGUGACCCCCCUAGUAGAGAGGAAAUGCCAUCUUAAUCUCUGUGAUCAUGAAAACAGGACAGCUCUCAUGAAGGCCGUACAGUGCCAGGAAGAGAAAUGUGUAAACCUACUAUUGGAAAAUGGUGCCGAUCCAAAUAUUAGGGAUGUGAGUGGCAACACUGCUCUCCACUAUGCGGCCUUUGGUGAUAAUAUAUCCAUAAUAGAGACGCUGCUGCUAUACAAUGCGAAUACUGAAGCAAGAAAUAAGGAUAACUUCACACCACUUCUAGUUGCUGUAAAUGAAAACAAACAGCAAAUAGUGGAAGUUUUAGUAGAAAAGGCAGCAAAUAUACAUGCAGAGGAUAAAUCAAAAAGCAGUUACAAAAUAAUUUGCCACCAUAAAGAAGAAAUCAUGCUUAAAAAUUCUUUGCAAAAUAGCAAUCCAGGAGCAGAUAAGAGUGCUGAGGAAGACUCUAUAACCAGGCUUUCCGACAAACCUGGUCCUGAUGAUUCAUGGCCUACAUCAGCUAGCCAAGACUUUGGUUUUGGUACCAAGGAAGGAACAGCAAAGUCAGCAAUGGAAGCAAAGGAAGAUGGUGUUGGUAUUAUUGAAAAUGUGCCGCCAGAGCAAACAGUUAAUGACAGUUUGACUUCUGCUGCUGGAGUGCAUAAAAAUUACAGAAGUGAUAUGAUGUCAGCAUUAGAAUUGGGAGAAGAGGAAGAUGUAGAAUCACCUUCUCUUCCUGAGUAUCAAGUUCCAUUAAAGGUUGAAGAAAAAAAGCACAGAGGAAGUGACAUGGAAGUAUCAGAAAACAUACAUGAUGCUGCGGCUGCUGGAUUAAUUCCACAAGGACAGAAUGGAAAAAGUGAUAACCAUCAAUUGCCUAUUACAGAAAAAAAAGAUUCUGAUAGGAGUGAACCUGGUUUACAUAUGAAGAAGUUAAAUGAAGGUGAAAAUGAAACAGGGACAUCAAAAGGAGCUGUGAUCACACCAGUGUUGAAGAAGGCCGAUUCCCUAACUGGUGGUCCACUACAAAAGAAUGAUGGCAGCCAUUUCAGUGGAAAGGAUCAGCAUGAAAGCAGACCUGCAAAGAAAAUUUCUAAGAAAAAGAACAAGGUCAAAAAGCAAAUUACUUCUAUGGAUGACCUUGUCGACUUCAUUCAGUCAUCUGAAACAGCCUCAGAGGAUUGUGAGUUGCCUUACUCUAAGAAUUUCAUGUUGCUGAUUGAACAACUUGGCAUGGAUUGUAAAGAUUCUGCUGGCUUCUUAAAAAUCCAAAAUAUACUUGUUUCCCAUGAAAGAUUAAGGAAACGUAACAAAAAUCACUGUAAACUACUUACGGGAAAAAUUAAAAAAAUGGAAAAAAACGUUAGUGCACUACAAAACGAGCUACGAGAAGCCAAAGACGUGAUAUCAUGGUUAGAGCAUCAAAAAGUGGAAUGGGAACAUGAAGUAUGCAGUUUGAGAUUUACUUUAAAACAAGAGGAAGAAAAAAGAAGAAAUGCUGAUAUGUUGUAUGAAAAAAUUAGGGAGAAGUUAAGAAGAAUAGAAGACCAAUGUAAGAAAGAAGUUGAAACAAAACAAGGAUUUGAACUCGCUCUUAGAACAGUAAACAUGGAAUUGAAGGCCGCAAAAGAUAAUUUGAAUCAGGUUGUAGAAAAGCGCAGUGACAGGCAACUUUCUCCAGAACAGAAGACCAGAGUAUUACAAGAUGGAAGUCUAAACAAUCACUUUUACAAGCAAAAGGUGCUAGAAAUGGCUCAUAAGAAAACGAAUUCUGAAAUAUCUUCUUUACUUUCUGAUAGUCGUGAGAAAAUACAAGAUCUGUUGCAUAAAAACCACAUGUUGCAGGAUGAAAUUGCCAUGCUAAGACUGGAAAGAGACACCAUAAAAAAUCAGAACCAGAGAAAGGAAACGAAAUAUUGUGAAGACAUUGAAAGUGUAAAGGAAAAGAAUGACAGCCUUCAAAAGACCAUAAAACAGAAUGAGGAAACAUUAUCAAAAACAAUAUUCCGAUAUAGUGGACAGCUUAAUGUUCUGACUGCUGAGAUUACGAUGCUAAAGUCUAAACUGGAGAAUGAAAAACAAAAUAAAGAGAGCCUGGAAGCAGAAGUUGAAUCAUACCGUGCUAGACUGGCUACUGCUGUACACGAUCAUGAUCAGAGUCAGACAUCAAGAAGAGACCUAGAACUUGCUUUCCAGAGAGCAAGAGAUGAAUGGUUUCACUUACAGGACAAGAUGAAUUUUGAUGUGUCUAAACUACAAGAUAACAAUGAAGUUCUUUCUCGGCAACUUUCUCAAGAUGGAAGUAAAUUCAAUGCCCUGGAAAUUGAGCUCCAUCACAUAAGAGAUGCUCUCAGAGAAAAGACUUUACUUUUAGAAUGUGUACAAAGGGACCUAAGCCAAACACAAUGCCAGAAGAUGGAAAUUGAACACAUGUAUCAGAACGAACAAAGUAAAGUGAAUAACUACAUUGCAAAGCAGGAAUCCUUCGAGGAAAGGUUAUCUCAACUACAAAGUGAAAAUAUGUUGCUUAGACAGCAACUAGAUGAUGCUCACAACGAAGCUGACAGUAAAGAAAAGCUAGGGAUUAAUAUCCAAGACCCGUUUCAGAAUAUCCAAAAAAAACUUAAAGCUAAACGUGGAGAACAAGGUCUUAUGCUGGGAGAAAGAAAUAAAGAGUUAAUCGAUGAAUGUAAACACUUAAAAGAAAGAAUGUAUAAGUAUAAAAAUGAGAAAGCAAAAUUAAAAAUAGUUGUGAGACAACUUCAACAAGGACUGGCUGAUACUCUGAAGAAACAGUCUAUGUCAGAGGCUUCCCGGAAGGUUACGUCACAUCUUCGUCUGGAAGAUGAGAUACGGGAUCUCAAGAAGAAAUUAGGCCUAAUCAGAAGUCAGUUGCAAGAAGCACAGGAACGACAUGCAGAGGCCGUAAGAUAUGCUGAGGAGAUGAAAGAUCAUAUGCAAAAGCUACAGGUGAAAAAUGCCAGGCAAGAAGAAACUAUCAAACAUCAAGCGGCCCAAAUUCAAGAUCUUGAGAGCAACGUGAUAAAGACAAGUUUGGCUGAUGUCCUUACAACAGAACUGGAAACUACAUCUUCAAAAUGUCUACACCUGGAUGCAAAAAAUCAAAUUCUUCAACAAGAGUUAUUAUCAAUGAAAGCUUUCAAAGAAGAACGUGAAAAACUAGAGAGCAAUAACAAGAAGUUACAACAAGAAGUAGUAAAAUUGAAACAAUUUAUGGAAAUGAAUAUGGUAGAACGCAGUCAAGUGGGAGUAUAAAUGGGAGUAUACAGUAUAAAUGUAUACAGUAUACAGUAUAAAUGGGAGACUGAAGAAAGAGCACGACUGGACAUAGCAGAAAAAUUACACGAAGUCAACCUGUUUUUACAGGCACAAGCAGCAGCUCAAGAAAACUUGGACCAGUUAAGAGAAAAUGCUCAUGCUUCAACGAGAAGUCAAAUGGAACUUAGAAUUAAAGAUCUGGAAUCUCAGAUCUCUACAAUGAAGACGUCUCAAGAAGAUUCUACUAAAACAGAGUUGGAAACCUACAGGCAACUCUACCUAGAAGAAUUAAAAGUUAGAAAGUCCUUGAGAAAUAAGCUGAACAGGACUAACGAGAGACUGUCAGAGAGCAAUACAAAACUUCUUGCGGAGAGACAGCAGCAUCAAACUUUACUCAGGACUUUAACUAUGAGCCCAGGCCUGGAAUCACCUUAUUGUGGACAUUUUGAAAAUAAUUCAGUGCUCAAUGGAAACCUUACUCCAAGAGGAAACUUAGUGAUUCCUACCUUAAACCCACGGCCGUCCCAUGACUACUGGGAGACUUCCUUGUGGAAGAUGCAGCAGGAGUUGGAGAAAGGAGUAACCGGAGCACUAGAAGAAGCUGCUACCGAAGUUGAACGAGGAUCCUGUAGAACUCCUUUAGUAUCUACUGAUGAUUCAAUUCUAAAUCAAGAUCCAGAACGGAAAGCGUCACGAGAAUAUGUACAGAUUUUGAACAAAAAUUAUAUGAUUUGAAAAAUAAAUAGAAAAAAUUUACUGGAUGCUUACAAAACAUUUUCAUUGUUUCCCAAUUGAACACACUAUAUGGCAAAAUCUUGAUUAAAGGAAAAUGUUUUUGUGU